AGACUGUGCAACAUGCAGGAGCCUGCAGACACAUGGGGAUAAUCCCUCCCCCUCCCUCUGGACAGUCGCCUGCUCUGUGUAUAACAUCGAUGUAUAACAUUAAAUAUAGUUUAAACAAGCUGUCAAAACGAUGCGCAAACGUAUAAUGUGCAUUGUGAGCAUCAGUGCAGCUGAACUGUAACUUCACAUGUAUGGAAUAUUAAAUGACCUUUGUGCUCAUCAUGUGGUUGUUUGCCUCGUAUCGACCACUUGAGGUGAGGGGUGUGUGUGUUUGGUGGUGGUGGGGGGGUGUCAGGGUUUCAUCCAUUUUAUUAUUUUGCAAUUUAGAAAACACGUCGUGGCUGUGAGGCAACGGGGAGGGUAAAUGCGAAACAGCAGCUUUGCGGUGGUAAUUGAAUCCAUAUUAGCCUAGCCUAGCCUAGCCUGCGAGCACUCGGAGAGAUAUCAGUGGUGCGCUCCUUCCAGCGUGGGCUGCCUGCCGCUAACUGCCGAGCUAACCGCGGGACGAGACACAGCCGAGGGGAGAGAGCUCACAGCCCGGCCGGGGGAAGAGACGGACAGGAAACCAGGAACCAAAAAUGACAGCCAAAAAGCCGCAGAGCAUGCUCCGGGAGGCUUCCCAUCAGAUAAUCGCCGGUGGAUCCGCCGGGCUGGUGGAGAUCUGCUUAAUGCAUCCCCUUGACGUCGUGAAGACGAGGUUCCAGAUCCAAAGGGGAUCCAGUGACCCCAACAGCUACAAGGGCCUCGGUGAUUGCUUCCGGACCAUCUUCCGCAAUGAAGGAAUCUUCGGCUUCUAUAAGGGAAUCCUGCCUCCGAUCGUGGCAGAGACGCCGAAGAGAGCGGUGAAGUUUUUCACCUUUGAGCAAUACAAGAAGUUGCUGAAUCUGACCCCUUUGUCUCCUGGUGUGGCGCUGUCUGUAGCGGGGCUUGGCGCAGGCUUGACUGAGGCUGUUGUUGUCAAUCCAUUCGAGGUGGUGAAAGUCAGUCUCCAGGCCAACAGAGAUUCCUUCAAAGAGCAACCCUCCUCAUUCGCUCAAGCAAGACGCAUAAUCAAGACGGACGGAUUCGGACGUAAUGGCCUAAAUAAAGGAUUAACGUCAACACUGGGACGCCAUGGAGUUUUCAACAUGAUCUACUUUGGCUUCUACUUCAAUGUCAAGGAUGCCAUUCCUACCAGCCCGGACCCUACCCUGGAGUUCCUGAGGAAGUUCACCAUCGGCCUGGUGUCUGGGACCAUCUCGUCCUGCGUGAACAUUCCCUUCGACGUAGCCAAGAGCCGCAUCCAAGGCCCCCAGCCCGUGCCCGGAGAGAUCAAGUACCGCACCUGCUUCCAGACCAUGGCGCUGGUGUACCGGGAGGAAGGGUACUUGGCGCUAUACAAGGGGUUGGUGCCCAAGAUAAUGAGGCUUGGACCAGGUGGAGCGGUGAUGCUGCUGGUCUAUGAAUAUGUGUCUGGAUGGCUGCAGAAGAACUGGUAAAAAAAAAAAAAGAAAAAGAAGGAAAGAAAAAAGGAAACUCCGAGCUUGCCUUCCGGAUUGUGCCUCAAUGCAAUAUCGUUGACUGCCUCCAGUAACGUCAGACCAAAUGAUUUUUUUGUUUUGUGUGUCUUUACCUUGAAUACAAAAUAACGCUCUGCAAAAUACCAAGACCAGCAUUAUAAUAUAAUGUUUGAACGCAGCUUUCUGCAGGAAAAAACUACAUUGCCAUCAAAGUUAGUUUCUCAGGAAUUAAAAACAGCUGCAAUAUUUGAAAACUGACAAACACAUUUCAAAUCCUAAACAGUUUUUCUACCAGUGGAUCAGCACACAAAUACACACCUAUUUUAUUUUAUUUUUUAAAAUCAGCUUCUUACUGUAAGCAUCACGGCACCACACGAUAAGUUCUACCAACUUUAUACCUAUUCUGAUUAUUUGACAUGAGAGAUUUAAGUAUUUUGUGCUUUUUUUUGGUGCUCUUCUCAGCAGUUUAAAGUGAAUGGUGCUCCUUUGGGAAAUUAACUUGUGACUAGUGAGUUUCGCUGAAAUGGAACUAAAAAUCAAAAGAUAAUUGUCGAGUUGUUUCAAGUUCUACUACACCCGCACAGUCCUGAUGAAGCAAAUUAAGAGUUUUUGAAAGGGGUCAAACUCUUUAGAAAUAAUAAUAAUUAAUGUUGACUAAAUACGCUAUUUAUCCUUAAAUAGCGUAUUUAGUCAAAAUUAAUUAAUUUAAUAGUCAGUGUCAGUGAAGUCAUGUUUCCAUGACAUUCACCAAAAGCUCAGAGCAACUACAGAGCACUGAAGUUAUCUCAUCAUUAUAUCACUGCACAGCAGAUGUAACAUGAAGCAGUGAACACAUGCUGAGCUCAGUCUCACUUCCUCACGCUCUGUAGAUCAUCCACCACUCGUGUCUUAAUAUAAACUACUUAUAAAAGAGACAGUUCACCCCAAAUCAAACUUAUUUAUCUUCCUUCAUACCUGCUGUGUUAUUCAUCUCUCCAGACUGUUUUGGCGUGAGUAGCUGGCACUCGGCUGUGUUGCUCAGAGCACCUUAAAAAUACAUUUCUAGAAAUCGUGACCCCCUUACUUGAGAUGAUUCACGGACCUUUUGGGGAUUAGUUUUAUGUAGGAACUAUUUUCUUGUCAUGUCACUACACAGAAGGAAGCGUGCAUCCAGCCACAGACAAGGGACUGAGCUGUAAUGUAAGCCAGCUCAGAAAAUCAUUCCUAUGUGAAACUGUACACAGCAAGGGCUGUGGAUUAUCAUGAGGAACCGGGUCAAAACAUUUCUUUAUUUUGGCACUUCGAGCACCACAAGCAGAGUUCCAUCUAGGUCCAUGAUAUUCAAGACAAGUCAGACAUCUCUGCAGCCGAUAUCUCUGAAAACUUUCAACAACAGCUUGUGCCAAAACAAUCUAGAUGCGCAUAUAGCAUCGCAGGUAAGAGGAAAAAUAUACAUAUUUUUUAUUUUUGGGGUGCAUUCCCCCUUUAAGGAAUAGCCUGUGACGUCAGCUACACACACCAACUACGACCGAGGACUGACGCACACGUGUCUAUGCACACACAUACAUACUGUCUGUAUGUACUUUCUGAGCAAUAAUGCACACGUGAUCGCAAAUAUUACCUGUGAUCUGAACCGUAGUACUGAGCCUCACUGCGCAUCUCAGCUGCAAUAGUGCCUAUAAUUCUUACUGAGAAUUAUUGUGUAUAAGAAUUUCUUAUACGCUGAUAUGUUAAAGGCCUUUUAGAUCCUUUAAUGUUCCUCCUUUAAAUUAGAUUACAUUGAAACGUUUAUUUUUCAAGCUUUUUUUUGCUGGUAAGAAAUUGUGUCAAUUUGCCUUUUUUUUAAAUCUCAAUCUUAAAUGUUAGCAUUUGUAGAAAGUCACUAUCGUGUAUUCAUAACAAAUAAAAAGGAAUAAAACUCCUCA